AUGUCUCGGUAUGAUGAUUACCGCUCGUCAACAGGGACCCUGGACUCUCGCGAUCGAUACGAUCGAUACUCACGGGGUCCCCCCGUGGCCGAACGACCCCGCCAUGCCGAAGAGCGCUUUGAAGCACGCCUCCGCGAGGAAGACCGAUAUGGACCCCCUGCGCGCGCACCCGGGAGACUCUAUGAAGAUGACCAUCUAGACCACCCAUCCCCUGCCAUGUCUCUUGUGGCGCAUGACCGGCGUCGGCGCCGUGACGACAGUCCCUCAUUCCGUCGUCCCCAACUUAUUAGGCGGCAGUCGUCCUUAGACACCUUCGACCGCAUACCCCGGCGCAAAAUGGAACACCUCGAUGCCCGAGAUCGUGGACCCCGCGCUCCCCGUGUGCCUGUCGUUGCUCCGCCUCGCCAUCAUCCCUCUCCGGGCCGUUAUCGCGAGCGAGAAGUCUACGAGGAUAUUAGGAUUGCCGAGCCCGACUAUUAUGGUGAUGAAGAGUUCAGAGAUAUUCGUGACCGAGAUAUGGGUGAUCGACGUCGCCGUUCUAGCAGUACUGUUCGCAGACAUCAUGAGGAGAAACCUUAUCCGCGCAAAGGGAAGACCCGUGUUCCUCGUCACCUUGCUCAUAUCCACGCCAUCAUGGAUCUAGGGUAUCCAUUCAAAGAAGAGGAGGAUAUGAUUAUCAUUCAAAAGGCAUUGUCGAAGGAACAGAUCGACGAAGUGCUUAGCUUGAGCCGCGAGUUCAGGCGGCCGUCGCCUGUGGAAACCGAAUACAUCGGCCUAUCCCCGUCUCCUCCCCUCAGGGAACGGCCACGCGAGCGGGUGACGACAGAACACUUGCGUGUCGAGGCUUCUCCCCGCACCAGCCAAGCAUUCAUUGUGGAAGCAUCACCCUCCCGACACAGGUCAAGAUCACGCCACCAUGUGGACCAAUAUGAGGAGUUUGUUGAGAGGCCGCGAGCACGGGGAGUCUCUCGGCGACGAGCUGUAUCAGUCCAUGACCGCGGACCUCAUCUACUGGCUCCCGUGCAGUACAUCGAACGAGAAUCAGAUGCUGCUCGGACGGGCUCGAUGGUUCUCGUUCGUCCACGAGAGAGCGAUCACGACGUGAGUGAUUACAUUCGCAAUCUGGAAGAGGAGACAAGACUUCUUCGUCUGGAGAGGCAGGGUGGGAUUGAGAUCACUCGACAACGCGAAACAGAUAUCAUUGAUGAUAGAGGUAACCAGGAGGAGGUUACUGAGAUCCGGACGCAGGAGCGCUCAGAACCUAACUCUCGCAUCAUGCGUGCUAUGAUGGCAACUCUGACCUAA